AUGUCUGAAGUCAAUCUCGACUGGAUCAGCGAACAUCAGCUACGACGCCUAGAUGAAAUGCUCAUUGUCGUUGAUGAAGAUGAUAAGGUCAUUGGUGUGGACACCAAGAGGAACUGCCAUUUGAAUGAGAACAUCGAGAAAGGGCUGCUGCACCGAGCCUUCAGCGUGGUUUUGUUCAACACGGAGAAGAAAGUCCUGAUCCAGAAGCGAUCAGACACCAAGCUUACUUUUCCUGGGCAUUUUUCCGACUCCUGUUCUAGUCACCCGUUAUACAACUCUACCGAAAUGGAGGAAAAGGACGCCUUGGGAGUGAGGAGGGCCGCCCUGAGACGCCUGCAGGCUGAGCUGGGGAUUCCCCCGGAGCAGCUUUCUGUAGAGGACAUAGUGUUUAUGACAAGAUAUCAUUACAAGGCGAAAUCAGAUCAAAUUUGGGGAGAACAUGAGGUCUGCUACCUUCUGCUGGUGAAGAAGAACUUGACAAUCACUCCGGAUCCCAGUGAACUUGACAGCUACCGCUACCUGGCCCAGGAGGAACUGGAAGGGCUCCUGGACGAGGCAGCCAGGGGCCAAGCGAGAGUCACGCCCUGGCUGAGAAUCAUUGCAGAGAGGUUCCUGUUUAAGUGGUGGCCUUACUUGGAUGAGGUGACCCAGUUUGUGGAGCAUCACAAGAUCCACAGAGUGUGA